AUGUCCUUGCUUUACCUCCCAACAGAGCUACUAACCGACAUUUUUGGACAUCUUUGGGACGAUCACCGAGCACUUAGCGCUUGUGCCCUCGCAUGUCGCCGCCUGCAGCCUGUAUGUCAAAAAGCCCUCUUCUUCCAGAUCACCUGGGACAUGGCAGCACACCGGGCAGAACCGCGCUUCGACCCCAUCCCCCGACUCUACGAGAUGCCUUUCACGGAGUCGCCGCGCCUCGCGUCAUAUGUGGUUCGCCUCGACAUCAAGAUCGUAUGCGCGCCAUAUUACUCACCUGAGCCAUUCGUGUCUUUGAUGGCUUGGGCGGCUGCACUUCAAAACUUGACGUGUCUACGUGACUUGCGUAUACUCGGAUCUCCAAGGGCACAGAUAUCUUGGAAAAGGUUGCUCGACGAAUUGCAAAUCUUGAUUAUGAAAGUAAUUCGAGAACAACCCCUUACAAGGGUCUGCCUCACAUACAUCACGGAUAUGCCAACGGCGCCUUUUCUCGACUCAUCUAUUCGCCAGCUUUCCCUCUCAUCUGUAUCAUGGAACGACGCACAGGCUUCUGAAACUGCCCCCGUCAAGGCGCCAACCCUUCAGUCACUCAAUAUCACACUUCAAGUUACCAAAGAUUCACUCUCCACAAUCGACCACCUUAUUCAACAUCCUAAGCGAGGUUCACCUCAUAAAAAUCCGGAGACUGUUGAGCCAGGUUGCGGGGACACUCAAAUGUCUAUGGAUCCACUGCAACUUGGAAGACGGUUCACCAUUUGGUUUAACAGCGACGGCUUUAUCGAACCAGACCCACUUCCCUUCCUUUUGAAAAUGAUACCAAAUGCAGGAUCAUACCCCACCAGUCUCGAAUUUCAUUUGAUUCUCCAGCUCGUCGUUUUCAUGCAUCAUCCGCGCUGCUCACUUGACGGGCUAGGAGCGUGGACCCAGCUAGCUCAGGCGUUGGCGCCGAUGUCCUGUCGAUUAACGAUAUCGAUUUGGUCGCAUUACGAAUCCCGCAUUCCGGAGCUUGUGUCUUUGUUUGAAGGUCAAUUUUCGGAGAUGCACGCUCAGCGUCGUUUGUUGGUGGUGAACAUGGGUUUCUACUGCAGCUAA